AUGCAAAAUAUAUACAGAGGGAAAAUAAAUAUCUAAAAAAAAUUAACACCAAUAAAUAAGUAUAAAUAGACAAACACUGCGUUUCGUUCAUAUAAUUUUUUCGUCAGCGCGAUCAUCGCGAGAGAUCUACUUCCAUCAGCAUGUAAUUUCUAACAAUCUGCUCCCCUAAGAUGAAUGAAAUUUUGAUUUUGCUUUCAGAAACUUCCUAAUUGCCUCUAAUUUAAAUUGCAUGUGACGUUCGCGAUAAGCUGUUUAAAUAUUUGCGGAUCACGAUAAAAGAUUCGCGUUUUCCACCUGCCGGGGACGUCAACCUCGGCAGCAGCACCUGCGAGCAACACAACGCUCAUGUAGAAUCCGUCGUCGGGUCCGAAUUCGUGCAAACGAGCGGCGCGCGUGACGUUUGUUGAUGAAGCCAACGCCAAUGGAAAAGCGCCGCGCGCAAACCUAAUUAAUCACCGUCUCGUCCCGCGUCGCGAUUGAAGCCGCGUAACGUCUCGUCGUCGUGCCGCCAUCGUCGUGCCAUUGUAACCGCGUUAUCAUCAAUCGAGAUAGCUCUCCCGUCCCUCCCUCCCGUUUGCGUUACGACGUUUUCGAGACGAAGGUCGAUUUGCCCAAGGUGUCGCGAAUGUCGAAUCGCAAUCGCCCGAGUGGCAUGGGAGCUCGGAAAUUUGUCAAAUUCCUCAUGGACUCAUUUCCGCAGAUAGCGAAGGUGCGAAGGUCGAGAGAGGCCGUUUCAUUGUAAUUCGACGAAAGGCCCGGCACGCGAGGGAAAUAGUUGGGGGCGAUCGCAGCUGUGAAUUGUAAACUGAUUCUCCGAAAGUGUCGAUGUAACCGCGCGCAACCGCUACAGUCCGCAAGGUCGCAAUUUGCCAAGCGGCAACUUUGUUCCGCCAUACCACGGCUAAAUUGCUCGAAAGUUUGGCCUAACGUUUGGGGAAACUCCGGACCGCCGAGCGGCGAACGAGUUGAACGACCGGUUCACGGGAAAUUUAAAAGGACGCAUUCUCGACGAGGAAGAGUGACGCUGAGAAUCUUCUUUCCAAGCCGGGAAGAGGAGAUCGAACGUACCUGAAUUAAUUUCAAUUGAUAAUUGCUCGGUAAACGUGACAUGUUAGAAACGAACUGCACCGCUUUCUCCUUUCGAACGCGCGGAUUUUGCGCGCUUCGCAGAAGCGGCUCGAGCGCGUGGAGCUCGUAAAAUUGCCGGACGGUCCGCAGCUGCGCUCGGACGGCCGCGUCCCCGUCCGUUGGGAAACGAGAGGCUAUCGAGAUCUCGUAGUAAGUGUUACGUAGUAAGGGGGAGAAGCAGAAAACCGCGAGGAGUAUCGUGAAAGGAACGAAAAGAUCGAACCGACUUUCUCUCACUGCGGGUAACAAAGAUACCUAAAACUUUUGCGAUCGGAACGCGCGCACCGUGAUUCACGGUACGAUCUUGGCUUUCCGCGAAGGCGUUCCGAAAUCGCGUUACGCGUAGCGGUAGCCGAAGAACAACAGAACGGUUACCGCGAGAGCAAAACGGAGCCGUCGUCAAAGGGUAUAUUACGCGGCAAGUGUUGCAGCAUUAGGCUCGAGAUUGCGAGGAAGAGAGAGAGAGAGAGAGAGAGAGAGAGAGAGAAGAGGGGGAAGAAAUAUUCCUUUCAAGAGCGAAAAACAAAGAAUACAAAUAUUUCCAGAGCGAACGUUCUCCGAUAUUGAAAUCGCGAAGAAGUGAACGAAGGUCUAGCAGAACUGUCUAUAAGUGCGCAAUUUCUUUAAUAAUCGCCAAGUAGUAUCCGUUCCUCGGGAUAUCGUUUUACAUAUAUAGAAAAGAGAAAUUUCUUCCCGCGGAAGGAAGGUCGCGUGUUCUUUAUCAUCGAAUCGCAUCUGGGAAUCGGCAUUCUAGUGCACAGUAUCGAACGGUGAAGCCCGCUCGCGGCGGAGCAUUCCAUUUCGCGACAGAAGGCAACGCUCUCCCCCGGUCUUCGUCACCAUCGUCCAUUCGGCGGCCGCACGGCAAGAAAUCCGGCAGGAUUGCUCCGCACGUGGAUACGAUGUACGUGAUGGAAACGGGUGGCCACAAGGUGGCACCCGUGCCCGCGUCGACGCGAGUCAGGAAGGUGGUGGACUACAACAAGACGAUGAGUCAGCAUCAUCACCAUCGUCACCACGAGGGUGAUCGCGGUGGUGGCGAUCGCGGCGGCGGUGGCGGUGGGACGCACAUCGCCGCGACGGUGAAGAACACGGUGCGUCGACUGUUGCGACGUACCAAGAGCCACCGAGACGCGCCCUCGACGAACGUCUCGACAAUGACCUCCGCCGUCGCGAACGGCCAUCCCAUCGUUCCGCCGUCUACGCGCGUAGCCAGGAACGAGUACGACGUACCUCCUCCGUCGUCGAACGCCAACGUUAAACGCUCGGAACGCUACGCCAGGGCGCGCGUAAGACUCCAGACGGGGGAUGGCGUAGGUGUGUCGAGUAGCGGAGGUCGGCUCUCCUCGAGGAGUCGAACCUCUGAAGAACCUCAUAUCGGCAAGUACAAAUUACUAAAGACCAUUGGCAAAGGUAACUUUGCCAAGGUAAAGCUUGCAAAGCAUGUGCCCACGGGGAAGGAAGUAGCCAUCAAGAUUAUCGAUAAGACUCAAUUGAAUCCCGGUAGUCUUCAGAAGUUGUUCCGAGAAGUCAGGAUAAUGAAGAUGCUUGACCAUCCAAAUAUAGUGAAAUUGUUUCAAGUGAUCGAGACUGAAAAGACACUGUACCUGGUAAUGGAGUAUGCCAGUGGCGGCGAGGUCUUUGACUACCUGGUCCUUCACGGGCGGAUGAAGGAGAAGGAAGCGAGGGCGAAGUUUAGGCAGAUCGUUUCUGCUGUGCAAUACUGCCAUCAAAAGAAGAUUAUUCACAGAGACUUGAAAGCCGAAAAUCUGUUGCUCGAUAGUGAAAUGAAUAUCAAGAUCGCCGAUUUCGGAUUUAGCAAUGAAUUCACACCCGGUAACAAGUUAGACACAUUUUGUGGUUCACCGCCGUAUGCCGCGCCGGAACUUUUUCAAGGAAAAAAAUAUGAUGGUCCGGAAGUGGACGUAUGGUCGUUAGGUGUAAUCCUGUACACAUUGGUAUCUGGCUCACUGCCUUUUGAUGGUUCGACAUUGAGAGAAUUAAGGGAGAGGGUAUUAAGGGGGAAAUAUAGAAUUCCGUUUUAUAUGUCCACCGACUGUGAAAAUCUUCUUAAGAAAUUUUUGGUGCUCAAUCCAACGAAGAGAGCCUCGCUAGAGAAUAUAAUGAAGGAUAAAUGGAUGAAUUUGGGAUAUGAAGAUGACGAAUUAAAGCCGUACUUAGAACCUGAACCUGAUUAUAGAGAUCACAAGAGGAUAGGUGAGUCUGCCAAGGCCUUAGCCAGUAUGGGAUACACUCGAAGCGAAAUAGAGGAUUCUUUAGGACAAGCGAAAUAUGACGAUGUAUUUGCCACUUACUUGCUCUUAGGAAGAAAAACGACAGAUCCUGAAAGUGAUGGGUCACGGUCAGGUAGCUCAUUAUCGCUGCGUAACAUUCCACCUCAAGUCAGUUCAGGAGGUGGAGGAGGAAACAGUGCAGGAACAGGUGGCGCAGUACAGAGUCCAUCUCACAGAGGUGUUCACAGAAGUAUUUCUGCUAGCAAUCCAAAACCCAGUAGACGGGCCUCGUCUGGUGGUGAAACUCUUCGAGGCGCACCUAGUCCAGGUAACGCAACGAAUCACAAUCACGCGACUGCAGUAACAGGCACAACUGUGACUGGAAGUGGAGGUAGUAAUUUUAAACGACAAAAUACCGUGGACGCAGCCACGAUCAAGGAAAAUAGUGCUCGUGUUUCUGCAAGCCGACCCUCUGCUAAAAAUAGUCAAUCGCCCGGACAAUUAGAUACUAUGACAAUGUUCAUUCUAGGCGUGGGUACAAGUCCCGGUGGUAAAGCAAGAGUAGGCAAGAGUAACACAAUGAACGCAGGAGUAGGUGGUGGUCGGCCUCUUACCUCACCUGCUCCUGGUUCUGUUGGUCGACGUAGCACCAUCUCCUAUGAUCAAGCGAAAACAUCAUCAUCAUCUACUGAAAGAACCAACGAAGUACCCAGCCUGGGCGAAGGCACUAGACCAACGCGGGGUCACACCAAGUCUGCGAGCAUCAGCGCAAGUCACCGUUCCUCAAGUGGUGUACCCCCCAGCGACCAUUCACUACUGGACCCUCAACCACGCAACGCCCACAACUCCUUACUCGCCACUGCUGACCCCCUUAGGCAGAGUUUGGGUGUAUGCAACAGACAGACAACCACUACUCCAGCAUUUCCACGGAAUGUUCCGAGUCGUAGUACGUUCCAUUCUGGCCAAAAUAGAGCACAGCGAAAUCACACUCAGGGUCACACACAAACACAGGACACAAAUGCAAUUAGCCCUCUAGCAAGGCCGUCCUUCUUCUCGAAAUUAUCCUCAAAAUUCUCCAAACGCCCCAUGGACCCAUCCGUACCCCCCAAGCACCCAGUAGUGAGCGGAGCUACCACUAACGAUGAACAAGUCAAGCCGCGCAGUCUACGCUUUACGUGGAGUAUGAAAACUACCAGUAGUCGAGAUCCUAAUGAAAUAAUGUCCGAGAUUCGAAAGGUGUUGGACGCUAAUAAAUGCCAGUACGAGCAACGCGAACGGUUUUUGUUGCUCUGCGCGCACGGCGAGGCGGCGACGGACAGCCAAGUGCAGUGGGAGAUCGAGGUCUGCAAGCUGCCACGACUUUCCUUGAAUGGAGUGCGGUUCAAGCGUAUCUCCGGCACGUCGAUUGGUUUUAAAAAUAUCGCCAGCAAAAUCGCGAACGAGCUCAAGCUGUGACUGUCGGCCACGGGCGCCCUAGCCGCCAAUCGCGCCAACCCAUAACGACCUCGUGAGCGUAGCCACCAAGUGGCGGUGGUCACCGAGGAGUUUUACUCUUGUUUCUUCUUCUGGGACUCCGACUCCGAAUCCGAUACCCAAGAAAUAUUCGUUUAAACGCGAUUCCUCCGUCCCAGUCGACGAACGUCAUCGUAAGAUGAGAAGGAAGAGAGGGAAGGAGGAGAGAGAAAGAAAGAGAGAAUAGGACAGUCUUCUCAUGUCUUCUCAUCGUCUCCUCUGCGUUGGAGGACCGCUAUUAACGAUUCGUCGAAAAAAAGUCCGAAACUGUGAUCCGUGACGGCUAAUACGUAUUCAAAUACUCCCGAGUGCCAAAAUGAAGAACUAGAUCGGGUCCUCAUAGCGCUUCGCGAGCGAGAAAAAAACGAAAAGUAACAGAGGCGGACCAGCUGACCUGAUCAAUCGUACAAAGAAGCUGGUAUUAGACACAAUAAUCUACGUUUAUUAGUUUUGAAUUUUCGUUAUCAAUAACAGGGAAAUGUGCAUCCAAGCGAAAAUCAUCAGUCGUGUUUGAAGGUCGAUCUGCCUUCUCAAUUUUCGAACAAUCUAUUACAUCUGUCCAUGAAAUAGCGCUUUAUUUUUAAACAGUAUUACAUUUUGUGUUAUUCAUGACGUUGGAGAUAUGUGUAUUAAAAUUUAUGUCAUAUAUUGAAAAUCUAUUGCAUAUUAUCGUAAAAUAUGCUGAAGGAUCAAAAUAGAAACGGUUCAAUCAGAUCAUUAAAUGUGCCUACAUUUCUUACGUUGAUUUUUUGACGGCAGCGCGUUUCUUGUACAAUAAAAUAACGCAAAUAUACAGGAAAUAAAAAAAUGGGGCAAUGCAUCUUCAACGUCAAAAGAUUUCUCUGUAACUUCCUGUUUUUCUCUUGUAUGUAAAAUUUUAGAAGCAAAGGUUUUGCCUGUAAAUUAUUUGACAAAUUUACAGAACCGAGGCAUAUGUGUUGUGUUUUGUAUCGAUGAAAAACUAUCAUCAUUUAUAAUACAUUAGCACCAUAAACGAAUAAUGAGUUAAAUUAUUUUAACGUUGCACAAUAUGCAACUGUUUAUUUUUUUUCGAACAUUUUUAUGAUACUUUACCUUUUUUAUCUGUAGAAUAAGUUUAAAAAUGCGCAGUACUAUAGAUAUUAGUCAAUUAUGAUUAAAACAUGUAAUAAUUAUUUUUAUUUUUAUCAUAGAGAGACGACAAGGGUUUACACAACCACGUGCACACGCACACACGCGCGCGCGCAUACAUAUACACAUACUACAUACACAUUCACAUAAUAUUAUAAAGGUAGAAGCAGAGGAUUCUUAACAUAAUUUAGAAAUACUAUCGAGUUAUGACUAGUGUUUCAUGUGAAUAAUACAUAUACUUCAUCAUUCUUCAUCAAAAUUGCAAUUAUAAAUAUAAACUACAUCAGUAAUAACAAGAUCUGUUAUUUCUACGAAAAAUAUAAUAUUAAAUUUAAGUAUUAUAAUUGGCUAUAUUGUACUAUUUAAUCCUUUCAUUCAGAAGUAUUUGCAGUUGAAUGAAAUAAAAUUAGGAAUUACCAUAAACAACACAUCAUAGAAAUGAAUUAGAGACUUGAUGUAUAUAGUAUAUAUUACGAAGGUACUAAAAAUUAACGAGAAAAAGAGAAUGAGAGUGAGAAUGAAAGAGAGAAUGAGAGAAUCACACACACCGAAAUCACAAAAAACACUUCGGAACUCGAGUAUCGCAAACUUUUUAUAUUUGCCUAAGAUUAAUGAAGUAUAUUAUUAAAAUAGGCAAUGACUAAUUUAUUUACAUACUAUAAACUCAAUGAUUUUCCACAUUUCUAACACUUGCUACACUGAGAAAUACAGAGUAUUCAGUGCGCUAUCACGACGUGCAAUCGCGAUACGUCGUGUUGCGAAAUCAUGAAACGACUGAUAGCAACUAAGUAUCGGCCAAUUGUCCGUUACCGAACAUCUUGAAAAAAAUUCUAAGUAAAUGAUUAACGCAGCACCGGCAUCGGGACUUAUCUUCUUUGUGCAUAACCAUACCAAUUUCGUGUCAUCGGAUUACUUCAUGAACCAAUAAGCGAGAUAAUGUAAUAUAACGAUAUAAUAAUAAUGUUAUCGAUUUACAAGAAGCAACUUAGAUGCAAACAUUCAUACAUCCCGCUAAGUGAGAGAGAGAGAGAGAGAGAGAGAGAGAGAGAGAGAGAGAGAGAAGGAGAAAGAUCCAAUCACUUUCAGGGAAUUAAACUGGAGACUAAUGAUCGUUUUCUUUUUCCCAUUUGUUCCUCGUUAAUCAGAAUUUAAUAUCCCGAUUACAAUGUUGAAUAUCAUUAUUAUCACUGUAUAAAAUAAAAAGAAAAGGAUUGUAAUCCAGAGUGGCCGUUGUAAAUGACUCUAUAGACACACACAAAUAGGGAUAUUAUUAUCAUUAUUGUUAUUAUUAUUAUUAUUAUUAUUAUUAUUAUUAUUAAUGUUAACAUAAGAUCCUUCAGAUAGCAUUAAUAAUACACAUGCCCAACAUAUAGACGAAUUAAUUAUCUAUCGUAGUCUAUACAUAAAAUCAUCCUUCGCCCGCUUGCUUUACGAAAUAAAUGUAUAAAUUAAUGAUCAAUGCUUAAGGGAGAAAAUAUAAAUCUAAAGAUAUUGAUAAUUUUAACGCGUGAGAGGAUUUAUCGAGAAACAAUUAGAAUUCGCGGAGCUACACGGGCGAUACUUAGAAUCCAAUUUGGCAUAAUACCGGGGGAGCUUGUGAUUUUUUUUUUUGUAUGUAAGUGCCGCGAAAGAAUAUAUCACUCCCGCGGUAAUCGCCCGCGUGGCUGCGCGUAACGACUACGCGCACAUAACACAUACUUGAAAUACAUACACACGUCGGUCUCUGUAGAUAGGUACAUACGUAUACAGCUUUGCUAAGUGUUUUCUGGUGAUCGGUAUCUAGCCAAAAUGUAGUAAAACGUUUAUAAUAAAAUGGUAACAUGCAUUGUUUCCCAA